GCGACUUCCAAGCCAGCCUGGACUACAUAAAGAGACCCUGACUCAAAAACAAAACAAAACAUCACAGCACUGGCGAUUUACAAGCGUGCCUAGCAACAAGCUGGACUACAAUCCCCAGCAGACUCCUGAUCCGCGGCCAUCGCCAGCCACCUUCGAGUUAUCUGGGAAUUGGGAGUCUUGAAGCCCACAAAGGGCGAGUCCCGAGUUUCUCGCCCACGCGCGAGGGGGACACAUAGUCUGGAGAUUCCUGGUGGAGGGAACACCCGCUCGUAGCCUUGGCUCCCUCUGGUCUCAAAAGCCUCAGAAGAAGGGGGGGGGGAGCACCUAAUGUUGGAGGAGUCUCCAAAAUCUCCACAGAGGGGGCGGGCCGCGACGCUGACACACCGGCCAGGAAUGCAGUCGAGUCACCCUGUCUCGCCACCGUCCCGCGGCUCCACCCGCCACCCCACGCGCUGCAGUCCUGCUGGGAAGGGGCGUGGGCACAUCCCCCAAAUCCCAUGUCCACGUGCCGCUGUUUACUUGGGCAGAAAGAGACCGACCAGCUGCUCCUCUACCUGCCUUGGAACCGUGGGGAAUACUUCUCAUUCGGGACGCUAAGUCCACGAGGGCAUCUACAAGUCUCACCCUACACUAACACUCACCCCGUUGCAAGCCAGGCUCUGGGGCUCUGGGGCUCUCGGGUCCGAGGCUCCUCCCCCGACCCUGCAGGCUCCUCCCCCUCGGUUUCCCGCUUCCCCUAGACUUCAGAAGCUCCGCCUCUGAUUGGUACUGAAAAUGAUCCGCUCGUCCGCUUUUCUCUAUUAUCCGACCUGGUUCAGUCAAACCUUUCACUUUCGCCGCACCCGGGACAUCCGAAGAUACACUCUAGCUUUGAAAGUACAAUCGUGACAACCAGAAUUCUUACCUAGCUUUUUCAAGAAUGCUGCACAAUCGAUCCUCUGUCUCUUUAAAAGUCGAGGCCUAGGUGGGCCACUGCCCCUUUAAGACCGUGUUGGAAGGAACCACGUGAGCAAAGCUGUCGGGGGAGCAGACACUUUGAGAUCCGAGCUAGCUUGCAUUUCUGACGAACAGGGAAUUGAUUUCCCCCUGCAGGGCAUUGUUGCAAAAUUGAUCAUUCAUAUGCUGUGUGAAGUUUAAAAGUGGAGGUUAGCCGGGUUCUGCAAACAGUGACAGCGCCGAGCCACGGCCCGGCUCUCCUACGCAUCUUGGGUGCUUCCGGAUGCGGCUCUACCCCUAGGGUCCACGUGGUGGGGCAGCGUUCCGCGCAGGUCCUGCGUGGGCUCCUCCAGAGUUGAGAUGGAGGGUACCCCGGCCUGCGGUGCCACUCGGUUCUCCUGCCCUCCCCACUUCACGGCCAUGUCUCCAGACUCGGACCCUCCCCGUUUCUCCUUGGAGGCGCUUACCGGUCCAGAUACAGAACUGUGGCUUAUCCGAGCCCCUGCAGACUUCGCCCCACAAUGCCUCAAUGGGCAUCGUGUGCCUCUCUCUGGCUCCAAGACUGUUAAGGGCAAACUGGAUGGCAAGAAGCACCGAUACCGGGUCUUUACCAGCAGCCCUCCGGCUGGAGAAGCCACCUUGCUCGCAUCUUCAACAGAGGCGGGUGGCAGACUCACCUGCACCCCGGCCCCCAACGGGAGCUUAAGGAUCAUGGAGGGUCCGCAAGAAUAUCUUAUCUCUCGGGUCCCUCUGCAGCCAAUCCCCACAAGUCUGCCCCCUCAGAUCCCCGCUGGCCUGCGGCCUCGCUUCUCCGCCUUCGGAGGCAGCCCUCCUGUCACGGGACCAGGGUCAGCCUCGCCUCUGAGGUCACCCACUUCAGGGAAGAAGAGAAAGAAGAGAAAGGGUGCAGAGACCUCAGACACCCAGGAGGCUGUGAACAGGCACGGGGCCAUGGAAGUGGAAACAGCGUUGGGUAACCUAGGGAUGGAUGUGAAGAAGAGAAAGAGGCAUCAUGUGGAGGGGGAGGAGAUGAAGGCGAUGGAGCCCGUGGCAGAGCUGCCAGUCCCAUCUGCCACCAGCAACAAGAAGAGGAAGAAGUCCAAGGGGACAGAGACACUCCAGGAGGAAGAGGAUCCAGGGCACACAGAACCUGUGGCUCAAACAGAGCCUCCUGAGGGGACCUUCCUGGCGUCCACCAAAAAGAGAAAGAGGCGUAAGGAAGCUGAAGGGACAGAGGAAGUGGCCGGCACUAUGGCUGGCUCUCAGCCACAGGUCAUUGUGGAACCCCACGAGGAAACCAUCCUACAGUCCCCCACAAAAAAGAGGAAAAAAGAAAAGAGACAGAAUUUGGUGAUGGAGGCAGAGAUGGGGCUCCCUGGAGUGCUCAUGGAGACUGAACUUUCAGAACAUGGGCUUCAGGCUGAAGUAGCUCCUAUGUUCACCAAGAAGACAAAGAAGAAAAAGGGAGGGGGCUGGAGAGAUGGCUCAGCAGUUCAGAGCACUGACUGCUCUUUCAGAGGUCCUGAGUUCAAUUCCCAGUAACCACACGGUGGCUCACAACCAUCUAAUAAGAUCUGAUGCCCUCUUCUGGUGUGUCUGAAGACAGCUACAGCAUACUUAUAUAUAAUAAAUAAAUUUAAAAAAAAAAAAAAAGAAGAAGAAGAAAAAGGGAAAGUGGGUGGAUGAGGCCUUGCCUUGCCGGCAGAGGUGACAGAGUCUGCACUUCCAGAUGACUUUGAGCCCCACAGGGCUCUAGCA